AUGUAUGAGGCUCCCUACCCCCCGUACGACUUCACCGACAAGGCCAGCUUCGCUUACGAGACCGUCCUCAAACGGUGGCCCAUAAUCCUCACCGGGAUCAUCGACAACCUCUAUCGUGCCAACCACGUCCUCGACGUCUCGAUCGAGAGCGGCGGAUGCGAGACGGAGGAUGUGGACACGAUAAAAGCAAAGAUUGCUGAGGGAAAGAGCACUAUCGAGCGUAUCAGCAAGCUCAAGUACGACAUGGCGCGCGAUCGCCCGCUCGAGGACAUACCGGCAGACGGCGAGGGGCUUGUAGAGAUAUAUAACACAGAAUUGGCACGGCUCGCGGAGCAGGGCAAGGGAUCCUGGUUCACGGCGCCGUGGCUCUUUGCCGAAUGCUACCUAUACCGCUUGCUGCGCUCGUACUUUGUGCAGUCGACGCAUUGGAGGACGCACGAUCCAUUCUUUGAGCAGAAGUUGGACACGUUCCAGAAGAGCUCGCAGGCAAUCUUCCAGCUCGCAACAACGAUGCAUGAACUAGAGCGCGACAAAGCGACGCUAGCUUCCGAUCCAAAGAACCUGAAUGUCAUCUUCAAGGAGAUGAUCCAGAUGUGUCUUUGGGGCAACGCGACAGAUCUCUCGAUGCUCACACAUCUAUCGCACGAAGACAUUAAACACCUCCAGUCAGUUGGCCGCGACGCUCAGGCCGCCCGGAAAGAGUUCAUCCUCACCGACGACCAAGAUAGCGUGUGGGCUCAUCUAACGAGUCUUAAGGAUUCGCGGAUAGACUUCGUCCUGGACAACGCCGGAUUCGAGCUUUUCACAGAUUUCGUAUUCGCCGAUUUCCUCGUGACAUACACGCCCUACGUCUCCAAAGUCAUUUUCCACCCAAAGCUGGUCCCCUGGUUCGUCUCCGACGUCACCCCGCCCGACUUUCUCGCGGCGAUCUCCUCCCUUCUCUCGCCCGCCUUCUUUCCGGACGACCCAGUUGACGCUGCACCCGCACCUGGCACGUCCGACUCGCGCGCGCACCUGAGGGCGAUGGUCUCACGCUGGGAGAAGUACAUCGAGACCGGCGUCUUCGAGCUCUCGGUGCCGCGGGACACGCCGCUGGGCGCGGACAACGUGAAGGCGAACUUCUGGACGACGCCCUGGCCGUACUGGAACAUGCGCGAGCAGGGCCCGGAGGUCUUCGCCGGGCUGCGGGAGAGCGGACUCGUGAUUUUCAAGGGCGACCUGAACUUCCGCAAGCUCACAGGGGACGUCAAAUGGCCUGCAUCGACGCCUUUCGAGACUGCUGUUGGCCCGCUUGCAGGCGCGUUCCCGCUGCUCAGCCUGCGCACAAACAAGGCAGACGUAGUCGUCAGCGUCGAUCAGGAGACCGAAGAGCGGCUCAAUCGCAGUGGCGAAAAGUGGCGGUAUAAUGGAAAGUACGCACUGGUGCUAUUCCUGCCGAAGAGCCUAUUGGGAGGGGCACUAUAA